CAUGUUCAUUCAUGCUCUCGGUCUACGGAAAGCGAAUAGCUUACCUGAGCUUUCCUGGUGGUAAGUAGCCUAGCAUAUUCUGUGGAUUGUGGGAGACUAUUUUGUGUCCCAUUAGCCGUCAUCAUUUGUCAUCAAGUUUUCAAGCAUCAAAAACCCCGUGACUUGGUUGGUUUGUCCGUCAUCAGUAGACCACACUGAAUCACUGCUGUCAUUCAGUUUAGAUGCGGCCAGGAACGGCAUCACUAUGAGGAACCUUCCCUUUCUUUUUGGGGUUUUAUUACUCGUGGAUGUUUCUCCAUCUGGUCAUGUCAAAUCCAAUGACGAAUCCAACCCAGCGAGGAUUGAGCAAUUUUCUGGCAUGAAUGUGUUUGUUGCUGUGGCAGACGGAGUGAAGACGGUGAUAGUGAUGGAGGGAGAUUCUGUCACUUUAAACACUAAUGUCACUGAAAUAAAGAGAGAAGAUACGAUACUGUGGAUGUUUGGAGAUGAUAACUCUAUCAUAGCUAACAUGAAUGAAGCAACUGCGAUCUUCUCUACUAAGGAAGAUGAGAGAUUCGGAGACAGACUGGAGCUGGACAAACAAACUGGAUCUCUCACCAUCAGAAACAUCAGAACUGAACACACUGGACUUUAUCAACUAAAGAUCAAGAGCACAACUGUGACAACAAAGAGAUUCAGUGUUACUGUCCGUGAUGAUGUGGAGUCAGUGUCAUUGAUGGAGGGAGAUACCGUCACUCUACAGACUGGUGUGACUAAAAUAGAGAAAGAUGAUCAGAUACUGUGGAAGUUUAGAGAUCGAGGCGUCCUCAUUGCUGACUUAAAUGGCAGUAUUGAUGCAAGAUGGAGAAACGUGGUGAAACUGAGUGAUCAUACCCGAGACCUCAUCAUCAGAAACAUCCAAAUUGAACAUUCUGGAGACUAUGAACUGGAGAUCAACAACAGCAGCACGAUCUUACACAGGAAAUUCCAUAUUGCGGUUAGUGAGCUCCCCCAGAGUUCACAUUGGAAAACAGCGUUUGCAGUCGUGAUCGGGGUCGUGAUUGUAAGCGUAAUCGGGAUCGUGAUCUGGAUCUGGAAGGGUCGUAUUAAUGUAUCCUGCAGCGCGAAGGAGGGGAGAACCAGAGAAAACGCAUCAAAAGUGAGAGAAGAUGUCAAACAGAAAGACGAUGGUGGUACAGAUAAAGAGCGUGAUGCAAUUCUGAAAUUGAACAAAGAUGCCCAGCACUAGUAAAUCAUAAUCAGAACAGAUUAACUGUGUUUGAAAAUCAAACAUUUUGCACUGUAAAAUGAAAGACUUCCAUUUGGUUUUGCAUGAAUAGAGAAACAUGCUUUCAUUUAUUAUACAGUUGAUGUGAUAGUUUGUCAUGAUCAGUGUAUUCUUACUCAAAAAUAUCUUUGAAUGGCCGUAAUGUGGAGGGCUAUAAUCUCUGUUCGUUGUUUUUUCUGUAGUUUUGACUAAUCUUUGUAUAGAAUUUUAAUUCUUUUGUAUAUAAUUUUUUUUAUGUGUACAUUGGGGCCCAAAAGUAUAAGGAGCCCCUAAAGAGACAUGGUGAAGGGGAAAAAAAAAAAGAAAAUUUACGUCAAUACAUUUGUGUUCUCUGACAAGCAUGUUGCAUUGCUCUGAGAAACUUUGCAAAGAACAGACGGGGGAAUGCAAAGUUUCUUGUGGGGACAGAAAGGUUUUGGGCAACACAAAAACUUUUGCGAGAGAACACAGAGCAUUGAUUUUUUUUUUCUCCCAUUACUAAGUGAAUAUUAAUGACUACAAUAGUAAUUACUUGCUAGAAAUGACAACAUAAGUGGAAAAUGUUGAUCAAAAAUGUACAUUUACACACAAACUGAUGACCAACCGCAAUUAUCAGACGCCAUCUUUAUUUUUGUAGUUCAACUAGAAUGGAAAGCACAGGAUUGUGGGAUAUCAAAGGCAUAAGAAAUGAUCAGAUGAAGGUUUCUCAGGAGACGGGAAGUGAAACUAACAUUUCAUUCGGACGUGCCUUGAUGCCUUCAUAUUUGUCUCUUAAAAAUAAAUAAAUAAAUAAAUGCAUAAUCUAGCAUAUAUGCUUAUCCACAGCCUGUCGACAUUGUAAUACAGUGGUGCCUGCGACUAUGGCUGGUCGUACCAUGAACACUCCCGACCUAAGAGACAUUUUACCUGAGAAUAUUUCAGCAAAUAUGAUGUGUGUCCAUAUUUAUGUCAGCUGUUCAGGAGGGUACGUUUACACGACAAUGAUGUACUAAAUACGGGUUGUUUUUUUUUAUUUGCGCUUUUCGCAAACGGACAACAACAUUGUCAAAAUAAUCCCUGUUCACACAGAUUAUUAGAAUAUAAAAAUAAAAAUGCUGUAUUAUGCUGCCAGGCCAGUAGCUGGCGAUGUCACUUUGCAAAGAAACACUACGUCUAUAGACUGAAAGCAUAAUAGGCAUGCGCAUGAUGUCAGUUUACACAAAUUCACAUUUUUUGUAGUUUACAUGCAGACGAAAAGGUUUUCAAAACUUGCACUUUGAAACAUGUUUUCUGUAUUCAGACCCCUAAAACACUGUUAUCGUAAAAAAAAAAA